ACCAAUACAAGCAGAGUGCUCCACUUUCAUGACUCUACAAAUCCAAACAUGAAAACCCAUAAAUCAUAAUUACUAAACCUUGUCCCAACUAUCAGGAUUUGCAAACAAAGGGUCAAAGCAAUCUCAGGUUAAGGGUGUAACAUAUUGACUUUGGUUGCAUGGCGGUUAAUGUAAUCUCAGGUUAAGCUUCAGAGUCAGUAGGGCUCUUAUAGCAACAAACUAGACCUAAACCGACGUGAAAUUUGGCCUUCCGAGGCCAAAUUUCAUCCAAAUAUAGAACGUGGAAGUUGAAUCCAACAAGGAUAAGGAAUUACGGCACUUCCAGGGACCAUAACGGUUUACUAAAGAUAAGCUAGUCCCCAAGACUUCCACCGGAGCGAUUCCGGCAGUGAUUACAACCUUUUCGAGCAAAAAUGUGACCGUUAGCGCGCGGGUUCAAGUUUGCGAAAGAAUCUCAAUCACUGCCUCCCCGUGCCCCAUAUAUACUUGGGACGUCAGUCGUUCCUCCUCACCUGAUCCUUCUCCCUCUCUGGCUCAAACCCUCGUGCGAUCUUUUGCUCCUCAAUCCUCUGAUCUUCGUCUGAGAAUCUUGGGACUCCAAGAAAGGUUGCUGGGACGACAAUGCUGCCGCCGGGCUACUUGUUCAGACCGACCGACGAGGUUCUCCUCAUCGCCUACCUCAAGAACAAGCUACUUCAAUGGCCUCUUCCCUGCGACGUUAUCGUGGAGGGUGACGUCUAUGGAAGCCGCCCCCAGGACCUGGCCUUAGAAUAUCCCAUGGCAAACAAGGACUAUGAGUGGUUCUUCUUCACGUCUAACCCUCGGAAGCAUUCCGGCGCAAGCGAAACCAGUCGUGCAUCUCGGCGCGCAGGCCUGGGACGAUGGAAGGCCACGAAAGGCAUCAAGAAAGUGCUCGAUUCCAAGAAUAACACCAUUGGGUCGAAGCAGAGUUUCUGUUACAUGGAACAGAACUGGGACGGUGGCGAAGACAAAAGUAUCUGGUUGAUGGAGGAGUUCUCUAUGCAAAACCUUGAAGGGAGAGGUAGUGCUGGUGUGAUAAGGGACACAAACAAGGUGCAUAUCAUCCUAAAUAUAACUCUCAAUGUUCUUGUUUCUGUAUCUUUCUUGAUUGUAGGAAUGGAUGUUCUAACGUUGCAUCUUUGGUCCUUUCCUUGCAGCUGGAUGACUGGGUCAUCUGCAAGAUUUACUUGACUCCAAAAGCUCGCAAGGCUCACGAUGAUUUGAAACAAUUUGAUAGUGCUACAUUGGAACCCGCUGCCAAAAGAAGAAGGAUAGAGGUGCCGUACUCUUCUCCAUCUUUUCUUCUUCUUCGUCGUCUUCUUCUCCUAUUAGACUUUUUGUCUGUCUCCUUUGCUCU